UAAUUCUAAUCGACUUAAGAUGUCAGCUACUACGUUAAUUUUAUAAUCGUAAAAUCAUUUUAUCAAAAACUUAAUCUCAUCAUAUUUGUAUAUAAAUGCGAAAGAAAAGUUAAUUGAUUUGUAUAUUGGAUGUUGGUGGGAAGUAAACAUGCGUGUAUUUGGUUUAUUGGUUCUCUUCUUUACGGCUGUGGCAGCUGUCCCCAAAGCCGGUCAAAGGAUUGUAGGAGGAUCCACAACCACUAUCUCACAAUACCCAACUAUUGCUGGUCUUUUGUUCACAUGGAGCACCAACCACCGUCAGUCAUGCGGCAGUGUGAUCCUUAACAACAGACACAUUAUGACGGCCGCUCACUGUACCAUUAACCACCCACCUGGCAGAUUCCGUGUUCGAACAGGCUCCACUUUCGCUAACAGUGGCGGUGUUGUUCACAUCGUUGCUGUGAUCUUCAACCAUCCUAAUUACAACUCCGUUACUUUGGACAAUGAUAUUGCGACCAUGCGUACCAAUAACCUGAUUAUGUUCAACACCAACACACAACCUGCUGCCAUCGCAGGCCCUAACUAUAAUGUUGCUGACAACCAGGUCGUUUGGGCUGCUGGAUGGGGAUCAACUAACUUUGGGGGUCAUUUGUCUGAGACCCUUCGCCACGUGCAGAUGUGGUCUGUCAACCACAACCUGUGUACGAACCGCUACAGAGAAGUUGGCUGGUCUCUAACUAGCAGAAUGUUGUGCUCCGGCUGGCUCGACGUCGGCGGUCGAGACCAGUGCCAGGGAGACUCCGGCGGUCCUCUUUACCACAACAAUGUUGUUGUUGGUAUCUGUUCAUUCGGAGAACAAUGCGGACUUGCUCGAUAUCCAGGAGUUAACACACGUAUUUCCAGUUUUACGUCAUGGAUCCAGAGUAAUUCAUAAAUCUCAAGAUAACAAAUAAUUAAAUGAUUUUCUUAUCACGUCAUGUUAAUCAAUGCGCUUCGUUUUUUUGUAAUAAAUGUAUGAAAUUU